GCCAGCAGCCCUUUACCGUCUAAGCGUCCUCAAAAGGACACUGGUAUCAGGGCGCUCCCUCUACUCAUUACCGAUCAAUCCGUAACGCAGGAGAGCACGUACAAACAUAUGACCGCCUCUCACUCGCAACGUAAAACGGCUCAAAUGCCCCAAAGCCACGUCCUACGCGGCCGCAUCAAAGGUCUCAUUUUCGGCGCGGCGCUAGGUGACGCCGUGGGGCUCGCGGGCGAGUUCCUGACCAAGACGAAUGCAAAUACCUGUACGGUCCGGGACCGAUCCAGUUCGGCCUCUCCCGCGACGGCGAGCCUUUCCUGCGUGACCACCACCGAAGCAAGUUUGCGGAGAACAGCUGGACGGACGAUACGGAUCAGAUGAUUGUUGUUUUGCAAAGCUUCCUCGGCACAACGACAAAGGAUGCGCAACGGCCGCAGUUCGACACGCUCGAUUUCGCACGGAGGCUUCGCAAGUGGACGCAGGAGGGGCUGCCCGAGCUCGGCAACCCGGCACAUGGGAUCGGGAAGACCAUGACCCUCGUCAUCGGGCAGGAGGACUUUUGCACUGAUCCGCAAGGUGCGGCGUGGCGAGCAUGGCAUCGGGAUACGGGCCGGGCGGCGGCAGCGAACGGGGCGGUGAUGCGGUGUGCGGUUCUGGGAUGUGUGGGGUUUCAGGAUGAGGGUUCGGUUGCCAGGAUGGCUAUAGAUUGCGCACUGUGUACGCAUGCUGAUCCACGAUGCGUCCUGAGCUGCGUGGUGGUUUGUGUCCUUGUGGCGAGGAUGCUGAGGGAGGAGGUGGGUGGGUCUCCGUCUGCGACGGUCACCCCGCUUGGUGAGGCUGUAAAGAGGGACUUAUGGCUCAUGGUGCAUGGGAGGGAUCAGCUGAAGACGGUCAAUGUAGCGGCGCCAACGGUGGUUGCCGAAUCGCCUUCCUCUCAGACGAAUUCACCACCAGCGAGACGCCCGCGAUUUCUCAUCGACAAGAAAGCAAAAGAGCGUCUGUUCAUGUUUGUCAUGGGCGGAUCAGACGACGACACCCUCGCCAAACCCCCCAACUAUCUCGCUCGUUACGACCGACCUCCAGCAGCUUCAUCCUCGCCCUCGUCCCCGACGACCAUAGACGUCGGGACCCUUCCACGCGACGCGGCUGUGUCCGCUCUCAUCCAGGACGUGUGCAAGGAAUACGAGUUCCUCCUUCACGGUCCCACACCAAUUCCGGAAGCUCAAAUACGACAACAACCGGAACUCCGCCCCACCGCGCCGGCCCUGUCGCCUUGCAAGCCUACUUCCACACCUCGUCGACCGCAACAGAGGAGUUCAGAGCCUACACUAGCCAAGACACGGCACUCAGCGCGCUCAAACUGGACGAUAGCAAGCAUAUGGGGUACACGUACAAGGCUCUCGGGGCCGGGUUGUACGUGUUUGGGAGGGAUUUGACGCGGGUAACGCCCGCUCCUUCCCCACCUUCUCAAUCAGUCGAGACUCCUUCAUCAGUGUCCCACGUUGAGGCUCAGCAAGCUUUCCAACACCUCAUUACGGGGUUGACGCUGGAAGGAGGAGACGCCGACACGAACGCAACGGUUGCGGGCGCCCUGUUGGGGUGUCGUGUGGGCUUUGAGGGGUUGCCGGGCGAGUGGGUGCAGGGGCUGAAGGAUGCGGAUAUGCUGGAAAAGUUGGUUGAUGACUUUUUGGAGAAGGUUGUUGGAGUGUAGGAGGAUCCGAGGAUGUUAUUCCCUCCGCUCACAUGUGACUUUGAAACAUUUUGGCGAUGCCUAUUAUGUAUGUAGAGAGUACUCGAGGAUCGAUUCAAUGUUCUCCAAUUCACGCGAAAGACAACG